AUGAUCAACAUGAAGGAUGAUAUCACGAGCCCUCUUAGCGCUCAAAUCUUUGAUUUCAGCGAUCCGCUACUGUAUCAAGAAACCUUCAACCAGUCUUCUGAAGUCACCUCUGCACCAAACAUUCUUGAGAAAUCUGUCAGCUUCCAAGACAAUCACAGUGGUAACUCCAACACCACAACAACUGAGAACAGCAACAACAACAACAACGACAAACUUCAAGAUGUUGAAGACGACAACAACAACGCGGAUCUAUCUAUCAUCUUCGAUUCACAAGAAGAUUUCGAAAACGACAUAGCCGCUUCGAUCGAUUUCUCAUCUUCUUCUUUGCAGUAUCCAGUUAUAGACCAUCUCCUCACAGAGACAAAUCAAGACCAGUUUGAUUUCUCAUCAGGAGCUCAAGUUGUUCAUGAUCAUCAGCCUCCUAACUAUCUAUACUCUGGAGACCCUCUGGCUUUACCGGCGGUUUCCUCUGUAGCUCCUCCUCCUCUGCCAUCAGGGGUUUUCGAAGAAGAUUGUCUUUCUUCUGUCCCAAGUUACAAUCCUGGCUUAAACCCUUCUUGCUCUUUCUUUCGUAACUCCGGUUUACCGACUUAUAUGACGAAUAUGAGCACCGGUUUAUUAUCUGGUGAAAAUAAUUAUGGUUUUUCCUCCGGGAAUAUUCAUUUGGGAACGGAAAUCAAGAAUUCAUAUGAUCCACUGAUGGAUUUUCAAGCUGAUAGUGGUGGAUUUUUCUGUCCGGAUUCCAUCAAACGCAUAUUUAAUCCAGAAGAUCUCCAGGCACUUAGUGGUGUAGAGAACCACAGCCAGUUGGUGGUACCUCAGACUCAUCCGGCAUUAGGACCGGUUGAGACAACCGGUUUAGAAGAUUCAGCUUUAAACAAAGUUGGGAAACUCUCCCCCGAGCAAAGGAAAGAGAAGAUUCAUAGGUACAUGAAGAAGAGGAACGAAAGGAACUUCAGCAAGAAAAUCAAGUAUGCGUGUAGGAAAACAUUGGCAGAUAGUCGUCCAAGAGUAAGGGGAAGAUUUGCAAAGAAUGAUGAGUUAUUUGGUGAGCUAAAUAAACAAGGUUCUUCGAGCCAUCAUGAUGAUGAAUACGAAGAUGAUAUGCUGGGAGUGAAGGAUGAGGAACAUUUGGUAGAUUCUUCAGACAUUUUUGCACACAUUAGUGGAGCCAAUUCCUUCAAGUGCAACUACCCAAUCCAAUCUUGGAAUUGA